CGCCAGUGUAGGUGUAGCGCGCGCUAUCCAGUAACCAUCUGUUGAAUAGUGUUGAGAUUAUUUGUGGAGGAUAGAGAGAAAUAAAUAUUUUUUGUGGGUUCAAUUCUCACAUACACAGGCGCUCCCGCGGCUGUUCUGCGCCGAAUAUACAUAUAGAACUAAUGGCUGCGCACACUUCUGGAACAAUACAGGAAGAUGCUGCAAUAAGAGGGGGAGAUAAGCUCAUAUUAAGGGGCUUGAAAUUCCAUGGUUUUCAUGGAGUGAAGCCAGAAGAAAGGACGCUGGGUCAGAAAUUUGUGAUAGAUGUUGAUGCUUGGAUGGAUCUCCGGGAGGCUGGUAAAUCUGAUCGUUUGUCAGAUACCAUUAGUUACACCGAAAUUUAUCGAAUUGUAAAGGAAGUUGUAGAAGGGCCACCUCAUAAUCUUCUGGAGUCUGUGGCUCAACUCAUCGCAUCUACCAGUUUGAAAAAUUAUCCCCAGAUAUCUGCUGUCUCUGUGAAAGUUGGGAAGCCGCAUGUCGCUGUUCAUGGUCCUCUUGACUACUUGGGUGUCGAGAUAUUUAGAUACAGAAGUGUUGAUGCGCCAAACUAAGAUUUUAUGAGUUACUCAAAAACAGGCAAAUCUGUGCCCCUUGUGACAGCCUGACACGUUUGACUUGGGUGUUAUUUUGUUUUCUUCUCUUUUGAACUUGUUUGUGGGGAUCCUUGUUCCGUAUCUUGAACCAGCGACAGUUAUUGUUUAUGUAGUUCUUUCUUGUGCUUAUCCUGAUUUUUUACUUGGGAUUUCAUCUUGGUUACCUUCUUUUGAGUACUUGGUACACCACUGAACUUCA